AUGGUUGAAGUGACAAAGAGCAUCCUGGCACGCAGGGUUUCAAGCCCAAACAAGAUUCGCUCCAUGUAUCAACUCGGGAUACUAUUCAGGUUGUUUGUCGAUUCUUGUCGAAUUGCAUUUGGUGGUGUCACACGCCUCUGCCUAGAGAAUUUGAGAUUUGGUGAAUCAGACAUCCCUAACGUCCUCAAAGUAUGCAAAGGAUUAAAGCAUCUAAGCCUGUCCUAUUGUAAUGCCACAAGAGGGACCAUUAUGAAAGUUGAGCACUCUAAACUCAGUGAGCUGCUUAUUUUUAAUUGUUGUUUUGAAAAAGUCGAGCUCAACUCGCUGCCAAAACUCAUAUGGAUGAUCUUCGGGGGUUGGAAGUCAAAAGAUCCACUGUUCCUGGGUUAUGUCCCAUUGCUUGAGGCUGUUAGCCUUAGUACUGUCAGUCUUAGUCAUCACAAGAUGGUCAAGUUAACUGAGAUGUUUGGUGGUACCUCUCCACGAUCCCUGAGGUUGGGAUUUGAAUGCGAAAGGAUUUGGGUUCAACCAGAAAGUGUGACGAAAAAAUUGUCAUCUGUGUUCCAUCAACUAAAGUUUGUGAAUCUAGAUAAUAUUGCUGAAGGGUGUGAUCUCACAUGGACAUUGUUCAUCCUUGAAGCUGCUCCCAACCUGAAGGAGCUAUACCUGAUGGUAUGGGAUCAUCUGUGUAUAAUGACAACAAAUGAGGAGGAAUGGCGAGCACUCUCGUAUAGCGAGAAGAAGGGUGUUGAGUGGAAAUCACCUGGACCUGAUUUCCAGCAGCAUAGCCUGGACACGCUAGUAAUCUUUGGCUUUCAGUCUGACUGCAUGGUUAGGUAUGUCAGACGUGUCAUAGAAGCGGCUGUCAAUCUGAAGGAUGUUUUCCUGUACCAUAGGCUAAACUGCAUGAAGUGCGAGCAUAGCUACACUAACCGCCCGUUGAAGUACCCGUCUAACCCCGAACAGAAAAGUACAGUGCUAAAGAAACUCACCAAGAGGAUCAACUCGUCUGCCACAAUUCAUUUACCAGACGACAACAUAACUGCUGAUCAACGUGCAAAAAAGGCAGCAGCCUUGCAAUGCAUGUGGAGCCCGGCACUGACCAUUCUCUACUUCUACGCGCUCCUCGUCGGCCGUUCCUACCGAACUCCACGAGCCAUCGCCAUACUCUGCGUUGGGGACUGGAUCACCGGAGCACUGACCUUCACUGCUGCAUGCGCGUCGGCAGGCAUCACCACUUUCAUCAGCGAUGAUGUGGAGGCUUGCUAUGAUAACCGCUGCCCAUGUUUUAUGGCUGCUACCGCCAUGGCUUUCUUGAGCUGGUUCACAGUUGCGCCGUGCUGUCUCCCGAACCUCUUCUCGGUAGUCCACAAAUUAGGUAGUCCACAAAUUACAGAGACUGUAGCCUACAGAAAAAGAACAUGGGUUUGUUUGUGCACCAGAUCCUGA